CUUUAUUUACUUCCGGAGUCAUUUUGCUUUCUCUUCCGGCUGUCGUCUGGUCGCGUAGCAGGUAAACUAGAAUCACAAUGGCAAAGUCGAAGAACCACACGACACAUAACCAAUCUCGCAAAGCCCAUAGGAACGGCAUCAAGAAGCCCAGAUCCCACCGCUAUGAGUCGCUCAAGGGGGUCGACCCCAAGUUCCUGAGAAACAUGCGCUUUGCCAAGAAACACAACAAGAAGGGCCUGAAGGCGGCGAGGAAGGCCGCGGCAGCCAAGGCCGCAGGGGUUGUGGCUCCUGCCCCAGCCGUCGCUCAGAAAUGAUCCGUCUGCUUGUGUUUCCGUCACAAUAAAGCAACGCUUUAACAAACAC